AAAAUGAUUGGAUAAACUUACUAAAUAUAAUUUUAAAUCUUUCGCUCAUAAAACCUUAUUUAUUUUUCUUUCAAAAUAGUAUUGUUAAUUAUUUGUUAUUUAAAAUCAUGGCGAAUAGAACAGUAUCCGAUGCAAUAGCUGUACAUGGAACAAAUCCACAAUAUCUCAUAGAAAAAAUAAUGAGAACAAGGAUUUAUGAAUCACUUUAUUGGAAAGAAUUCUGUUUCGGUUUGACUGCCGAGACGUUAAUUGAUAGAGCAAUAGAAUUGACAUCAUUUGGAGGUGAAUAUGGAAAUCAAAAGCCCACAGAAUUUCUUUGUUUGACGUUGAAAUUACUUCAAUUACAACCAAACAAAGAUAUUGUUAUGGAAUUUAUUAGAAAUGAGGAUUAUAAAUAUUUAAGGGUACUUGGAGCAUUUUAUUUGAGACUAGUGGGAAAUUCAUUAGAGAUUUAUCAAACUCUUGAACCAUUACUUAAUGAUUAUAGAAAAUUAAGAAAAAGAACAAGCGAAGGAGAUUUUGAAAUUGUAUGUGUUGAUGAGUUUAUUGAAGAAUUGUUGAAAGAAGAAAGAGUAUGUGAUACUAUAUUGCCAAGAAUGUUAAAGAGACAUGUAUUAGAAGAAAACGGAGAAUUACCACUACGUGAAAGUGUUUUGCAAGGACUUGCAGACGAGGAAGAAAAAUCUUCUGAUACAAAGGAUGAAGAACAAGAAGAAGAACAAAAGGAAAAACAGGAACAAGAAGGAGAGGAAGAAGAGGAGGAAGGGGAAGUGAAGUCAAGAAGUAGUAAAAGUAGAGAAAGAAGUAAAAGUGGAGAAAGAAGUAAGAGCGGAGAAAGAAGUAAGAGCGGAGAAAGAAGUAAGAGCGGAGAAAGAAGUAAGAGCGGAGAAAGAAGUAAGAGCGGAGAAAGAAGUAAGAGCGGAGAAAGAAGUAAGAGUGGAGAAAGAAGUAAGAGAGAUAGAAGUUCAAGUAAAAAUAGAAAUAGUAAAAGCGGUGGUAGAAGGAUUAGAAGUUACAGUAGAUCUAGAUCUCCCCCACCAAGAAAAUCCAGAAGUAGAAGCAGGUCAAGGUCUCCUAGAAGAAGAGGUGGAGACUGGAGAGCUGAUAGAUAUGUACCAAAUAGUAGUCGAAAUAGCAGAAGGCGUAGACGUGUGUCAUAUUCACGUUCCAGAUCACGAUCAAGAUCAAGAAGUUACGAUCGAUACGAACCAAGUUAUCGUAGAGGUAAAUCAUUCUCUUCUUCCUCAUAUCGACCUUCGCGCCAUAGGUCUUAUUCAAGAAGUCGUAGCAGAUAAGUAAUAUUUUAUUAAGAGUGUAAAGUAAUAAUAAAUAAAAACUAUAUCAGUAAAUAAAAAAAAAUAUUAUUGUAUCAAAUAGUAUAUAUAU